GCCUCAGCAGCAGCAGCAGCAGCAGCAACAGCAGCAGCAGCAGCAGCAGCAGCAGCAGCAGCAAGAUAGCCCCUUUCUGCUAGGAAGCCCAGAACAAGAAGACGAGUGGGUGAUGCCUCAACUGAACUGCAGCAGCAACGGGGGGGCCCCCAUUAAAGAAGAGACAAUAUCUGAACCUGAAGAAAGGGGGCCCCUGCUGCUGCUGCCCGAUGAUCAUACCCAACCAGCACCACGCGGGUUUACUGUAGAGGAGAUUGUAGGGGCCCCCAGGGCUGCAGCAGGCCUGCUGCAGCAGCACAGCAACACUCAGCAACAGCAGCAGCAGCAGGAGCAGCAGCAGCAGCAGCAACUCAACAGGAUCAGAUCCAUGCUGCGCUGGGGCCUCCAAGUGCUGCAGCAACUUCAUCAGGAAGAGGAGGCCCUAAAAGAAAUCUCUUGUCUCCUCUUAUCAAACGAUUCCCUCGAGGGCUCCCCUGCUGCUGCUGCUGCUGCUGCUGCUGCUGCUGCUGAGGGGCCCCAACAGGAGCUACCCGGUAGAGGCAUGGAAGCUUCUGCUGAAGCGCCGCAGAAGCCCCAUUUAGGAGACCCUGCUGCUGCUGCUGCUGCUGCUGCUCCUAGCAGCAACAGCAGCAGCGGAGGUCCCUUGCUGCCGGAUGCGUCUCUUAUGCGGGGAGCCGAAGCGAGCGGGGGGCCCCCCUGUGCAGCAGCAAACUUCUGCAGCUCAGGGGCCCCUCUAUCGGAGAGGGUUCCCCCAGCAUUUGCAGCAGGAUACAGCAGCAGCAGCAGCAGCAGGAGGAGCAGCAGCAGCUCGGUGGUUGUUUCUUCUGUUUCUUCUUCAGAUGAUGAUACUCCAGUGGGCCCCCCUCGGGGGCCCCUAGGCCCUCAGCUGUACCCUGCUGAUAUUAAGGGGGGCCCCCCUAUAUCUCAUUUAUUAGAAGAGAAUGAAGCAAGAAAAACAAUAGGGGCCCCCCAGGUAAUAAAAGAUAAAGAUCAGGGGCCCCCACCUGGAAAGAGAAAGAGAAGGGGGCCCCCUUGCGAAGGGGGCCCCCCCCAAUCAGCAGCAAACCGAACGCAGCGCAGCAGCAGCAACAGCAGCAGCAACAGCAGCAGCAGCACCAGCACAAGCAGCAGCAGCAACAGCAGCACAACCAGCAGCAGCAGCACCAGCAGCAGCAGCAGCAGCAGCAGCAGCAGCAGCUGGCAGGAGAGAGAUCGUUCAUUAGCUGCAAAAGCAAGAGAAAUGCAUCCGCAGAUUAAGGGACUCCUUUGGCUUAAGGGCGCAUGGGUUGCAUGCGUACGCGUCCCUCGCGGGUCUUCUUCUGGGGGCCCCUCCAACCGCAGCGACAAACAAGAAGUAAGAAAAGAAUUUACUGUUGCUGGGGAGGAGCAGCUAGCUAGCCAGCUAGCUGCAGCAUGUGAGUUCAUACAAAAGCACCAGCAGCAGCAGCAGCAGCAACAGCAGCAGACGCAGCAGCAGCAGCAGCAAGAGCAGGGGGCCCCGCCCGCAGCUUCUUCUGCUUCCUCAGAGGGGCCCCCUCCUCUCCCUACAGCAGCAAAUCUUGAUGAAGAAGUCCGCCUAUUAAAGCCUUUUGCUUACCCUUGUAUAUCCUGGAGCAGAGUUAAAAGGUGCUUCUGUCUACGCGUAUUUCAGCUGCUGCACUCCCCUGCACACAAUCUACCUAGUCAAAAACACUUAGGGGCCCCAGGGGGCCCCCAGAAGGACUCAGGGGCCCCAGGGGGGCCCCAUCAAGAUCCGGGGGCCCCUGGGGGCCCCCAGCAAGAUGUGGGGGCCCCGGGGGGCCCCCCUCACGACGUAGAUCGCCCAGGGGGCCCCCAGCAAGAUAUAGGGGGCCCUGAGGGCCCCCAGCAAGAGUCUGGGGCCCCCAAGGGGCCCCUAAAGAAAAGGAGAGGUAAACUCCUCUAUAGCAGAACAUUCAGUAUAAAAACAUACGGGGGCCUCGAGGAGGCCCUAGCAGCAACAUAUGAAGCAGCAAAGGCAGUUGGUUAUGAGCCCCUAAGACCUUUAGAUGGGGCCCCCAUAGAGGGGCCCCCUUUAAAGGGGGCCCCCCCUCAAGGGGCUCCCAAGGAGGAGCCCAUGGGGGCCCCUAUACCCAGCGCUACGGGGGGGGGGCCCCUACGGGGCCCCCCAGAAGAUUCUUUGGAGGCCUCUACUGCAGCGCAGAUGAAAGGGGGCCCCCAAGACAAGCUGCAAGAGGAAGAGGGCCCUGAUGGGCCCCCCAACUGCUCAGCAGCAAAUAGUUUACCGGAGGCAGCAGCACUUGUCUCGGGAGAAGCGGCAGCAGGGGGGGGCCCCCAGUGUGAAUAUGCUACAGGGGGCCCCAACGGGGGCCCCCAUGGGGCCCCCAAAGAAAUAGAUAGUGCAUUUCAAACGGAAAGACAGACGCAGGAGAAGGGAGGGGGGCCCCCCGCUCAGCAGCAGAAGAAAGGGCCCCCCACUGCAUCUCCUUCUUAUUAUGUUAUGCAGGAGGGGGCCCCCAAGCUAGACUCCUACUGCAGCAGCAGCAGCAGCAGCAACAAAGGGAGGGCCCCCUUGGGGGCCCCUGAUGCUGCUGCAGUUCUUGGGGGCCCCCCACCUGCUGAUGUCUCGCAGUGGUGCCUCCAUUCCGCUCCUCUGAGUAGAGCAGCAGAAGGGCCCCCGCAGCAGCAGCAGCAGCAGCAGGAGCAGCAGCAGGAGCAGCAGCAGGAGCAGCAGCAGAUCUCCGCUGCUAUUUCUGCAAGUGUGGCAGCACAGGAAGCAGCAGUAGCAGCAUCAGCAGCAGCAGCAGCAGCAGCAGCAGCAGCAGCAGCAGCAGCACCGGCUGCGGAGGGUCCUGGGCCUUCGCUUCUGUCCAUUCGAAAACCCCUGCAAGGGGGGCCCCCAAUCUCCUCCUUGGGGGGGCCCCCUAUAGAGACUGUAGGGCCUCAGGGGCCCCCUUCCCUAGAAGAAGAGACAGCAACAGGGGCCCCCUCAACACGGCAACAGGGGGGGGCCCCCAACUUCGAUGAAGUAGACCCUUGGAGUGUCUCUGUUCCUUCUCCCCAGGGCCCCGCGGAGCCCCCCACGCAACAGCAGCAGCAGCAGCAGCAGCAGCAACAGCAGCGGCAGCAGCAGCAGAGGAUUCUUAUGGGGGCCCCUCGCUCCAUGGGAGGGGCCCCCAAGGCGACCUAUUUGAGGUCAUCAGAACAGCAGCAGCGAGACAGGUGGGGGGGGCCCCCCUCUCCUAGCAGGCCCCCAGGGGGGCCCCCCUCCUCAACAGGGGCUGAGAGGUAUUCCUCAAAUUCACGCAAAAUCGAAAGACAAGAGCAUGACCCUAGGGGGCCCCUCAGGGAUCGGGGGCCCCCCGGAGAUUGGGGGCCCCCCAGAGAUAGAGGGGCCCCCAGGGAUAGGGGGGCCCCUGGAGAUAGGGGGGCCCCCAGAGACAGGGGGGCCCCCAGGGAUUGGGGGCCCUUCAGGGACAGGGGGCCCCCUGAUGAUAGGGGUCUCCCCGGAGAUAGGGGGGCCCCCAGAGAUAGGGGGCCCCCAAGAGAUAGGGGGCCCCCCAGAGAUAGGGGGGCCCCCAGAGAUGGGGGGGCCCCCAGAGAUGGGGGGCCCCCAAGAGAUAGGGAGGCCCCCAGAGAAAGUUUUGCUGCAGCGGCAAGGCCUCACAGCAUCAGCCGCCAGCGGCGACAGCAGCAGCAGCAGCAGCAGGACCCGCAGCAGCAGCAGCAGCAGCAGCGUCUGCUGCUGCAGCACAAAAGGGAGACGCCGCCGCAUAGAAAGGAAGACAGACAGACAGCAUGGGGAGAGGGGCCCCUCAGCAGAUAUAGGGGGCCCCCCAGCGCGCGCAGCGGGGGGGGGCCCCCCUAUGCUGCAACGGGGGGCCCCCCACGGCGCAGCCAUUCGAGGGGACAGAGAGACUGUCUCUCUCCCUUCCGUUUGACUUCACGGGCCUACAGGCGCCGCAGCAGCAGCAGCAGCAGCAUCAGACGACGCAGACGCAGCAGCAGCUGCAGCAGCAGACGCAGCAGCAGACGACGCAGCAGCAGCAACACCGCAAGAAACAGGAAGCCAUGCAGCAGCAGCAGUAGCAGCAGCAGACCGGGGGAAAGAAGCCGAGACACUGCCUACAGGGGCAGAAGCAGAUGCCACCGCCGCAGCAGCAGCUGCAGCAGCAGCAGCAGCAGCAGCAGCCGCAGUAGCAGCAGCAGCAGCAGAAGACGCAGCAGCAGCAGCAUGGGCCUAGGGUACCCAAGCGGGAAACCGCCGGCAGCGAAGCAGCUCUUCAGGAGAAGCCGAUGCAGCAGCAGCAGGAUACGCAAAAGGAGCAGCAGCAGCAGCAACAGCAGACGCAGCAGCAGACGCAGCAGCAGCCAGCAGCAGCGUCGGGAGCGCAUGCUACGCAAAUUAACCCCGUGGGAGUUGGAGGGCCCCCGCAGAAGGGACAGGAGGCCCUCACCAGGACAGAGGGAUUUAAAUAGGAAGAGCAGCAGCAGCAGCAGCAGACGCAGACGCAGCAGCAUACGCAACAGGGGAAGAGGCAGGCGCAGCAGCAGCAGCAGCAGCAGCAGCAGCAGAAGGCGCAGCGGUAGCAGAAGCUGCAGCAGAAGCGCGAACUGGGGCCUCCAAGGGCUCCGGAAGGAGACAGAUGCAGCAGCAGCAGCAACAGCAGCAGCAACCGCAGCAGGAAGAGCAACAGAAGCAGGAAAGCGUGUUGAUAGUAGGUAUCCGUUUGACCAGCAGCAGCAGCAGCAGCAGCAGCUGUUGGCCUCUCGUUUCCCCUCUGAAAGGAGACACUUGUCUCUUUACGAGAGGAGACAGUUGUCUCCGCCUCAACUGCAGCAGCAGCAAACACAGGGGCCCUCCCCCCCCCUGUCUCCUGGGGGCCCCCCAGAGGCCAGGGGGCCCCCAGGGGGUACCCCAGAAAACAGGGGGCCCCUUAGGGGCCCCUCAGAGUGCGGGGGCCCCCCUAGGGGCACCCAUAGGGGCCACCCAGAGGGCAGGGGCCCCCCUGGGGGCCCCCCAGAAGACAGGGGGCCCCUUAGGGGCCCCCUUAGGGGCCCCUCAGAGGGUAGGGGCCCCCAUAGGGGGCCCCCAGAGGGUAGGGGGCCCCCUAUGGGGCCCCCUACCCUGGCAACGGUGUUUGUUGAGGGGCCCCCGCUGCAUAAGCGGCCUAAACAGAUAAGUGUCUCUCUUAAAGGAGACGGCACACGAAGAGGGUCUCCUCAAAAGGAGACAGCAAAUGAAAGAAGUCCCCCUUCAGAGGAGACAAAGCCAAGGAAUGAUAUGGCUACGAAAACCACAACGUAG